AUGUCCACCCUUGCAUUCAAAGAGAACUGUUCCUCUUUCCUCUUUUCUCUAUCUCCACAAGAUUUCUUCACUUCUGCAUGUUAUGAACAAUUUCUCCUCUUAAUGGUUCGGUAUUCUACCAAAGUCUUCAUCUGGAUAGGUGGAACUUCAAGUGGUGAGCAGCAUUUGGGAAAUUCAACUAAUAUAGAACUGCAACCCAGGAUGUUAUGCUUUGUCACUAGGUUGCCAGAUGGAUCUUUGAUGGAAAUUACCAAUGUGUAUCCCUCAUAUGCAAUUUAUGACUACCCAAAAGAUCUUUUUGAAUGUGUUAAAUCAGAUAAACCUUAUGUGUGGCCCACAAAGUAGACUCCUAAGGUAUCAAAUCCAUAUUGUUUUAGCUGGAGUCAUCCGAAUUUGAAACGGACUAGCUUUGGAAGAUUAACAAAAAGGAUAUGUUGUUAAUCAGCAAUCUCAAAAACUUUGGAUAUUGUUUGUAACUCACACAAUCAGGUAAAUCUACUUUCCAGUUGACCUGAUACUAUAUAUACUUUAUUAUAACUGGUUCUUCAUAUUUUGUUUUGGUAGCCGUUAUUUAUAGUAGCAUCUUAUUCCGUAUAAAACAUCGACCUUUUUUUCAUAUUUGCAUCAAACACCCUAAAAGCUAAUGGACAGAUGUAAAACUAUUACUUACAAGAAUGAUGCAGCUAUGUCUCACCAUUGCAGGGAAUAAAGGAAAAUUGAAGACAUUUAAGAAGGUUGGAUACGAUGUUGGCAGUGAUAGUAGCUUUCAGUUGUGACGGAUCAGAACACCAAACUAGAAAGAAACAUCAACAUAUUAGGUUCGGAACUAAAUAAACCAUCUGCUGUCAACGGUGCUGAGACUACUUUAAAAAUGGAGGAAAGAAGGGUACUAAUGUACAAUGAAAUGGUUGGAAAAAACCUUUCAACUUUUCACUUCUGACCCCAAUAUAUCAAAGUUGGCUACUCUUACGGGCAUACAUACAAAGUUCUUUACCUUGCAAUCUCACUUGAUGGACAAAUUGUGUGACGCUGUUAAACUUUAUCUUUAACUGGUUAUGAAGACGAUUGUGACUCCAGCUGGAGAUGAAACACUUAGAUUUUGGAAUGCAAUUCCUUCUCCUAAAUCGGAGGCAAACCACGUCAGCUUGUAACCUGGUUGACCGGUCAAGUGGUCAGAAUUGUAACAAACUGGAAACACAGUGUCAAAUUUGAGACAAAAAAUACAGUAUCAAAUUAGAAUUUUGGUGUAAACUGAAUGUCCUUUUUGCUAUUUACCCAAAGAGUUAAAUUCAAGUUUAAAAUUACAUGAAUUGGUUGAGCUCUUACAAAAGUAUAUGAGAAACCACACAUGUAAACAUAUUAUUAGUUCUAUUUAUAACGACAC